AUGGGGAAGUCAAACAUUGCUAGCAUCAUCUUCCUUGUGCUCCUGAGCCUUCUGCAAGUAGUGACCCCCUUUCGCCACUUCCAGGCACUAAUCCCUAACGGAGCCAGCGUCAUCGAUCCCUGUAGCGGACGUGUGGCUUGGAGUGGGGUCGGACACCAGACUAAAGAGGGCAGGACGGACAGAAAUCCUUUUGGUCAGGACUUUUCUGCACAUGGCAAGGUGUGGAGCAAAGAACUCUGCCAGCUGGACUCUGAUGGCGAUGGGCUGACCAACGGAGAGGAGCUGGGUGACCCUGACUGUCUGUGGACACCUGGCGAAGCAGCUAAAGGCCCUGCUACCUCUCACCCUGGUAUCUGCGAGCCAUUGUCCAGUCCCAGGUGUGACCGGAAGAACUUCUGGCUGGACUGUCACAAAGUUCACAACAUGGAGCAGGCUGUCUGCAACAGUAUCAAUGAUCAGUGUAAGCUCGUUGUCUCUCUCUACCUGUCUUAG